AUUUUGGCGGGUUUUAUUUUGGUUAAUUUGUUGCACUUCAAAUUUGAAUCGUCUCGCUGGGAAGCCAUAACCCUUUAUCGCUGGGGGUUUAGUAUCAAACGUUUUAGAGGUUUUGAGUUUUCUAAAACGGGUUUUUAACGAUCUGGGUGACAAUACUUAAAAAAACAAGGUUCAACUUCUAUAAAAAAAGCGGAUUUCAUCUUCAAGUUGUCGCUGUUCGUACAUCGGCAAUUGAUCAAAAUGGACGACCAUAGCCCGUUGAAGACGCUGUUUGAUAGUAUGAACAAAAAGGCAGCAGCAAAUGACAAGGAAGCCGGGGAUGUCCCUCCACCUAAGAAGAAACCGGGAAAACGUCUUUCUGUUGAACGUAUUUACCAGAAAAAAACACAGUUGGAGCACAUCUUGCUCCGUCCAGACACUUACAUUGGUUCAGUUGAACCGCUGACGCAGAACAUGUGGGUUUUUGACAAUGAUAUUGGCGACAAUGGCGGAUUAUGUUACAGGGAGAUUACUUUUGUUCCUGGUCUCUAUAAAAUCUUUGAUGAAAUUUUGGUAAAUGCUGCUGACAAUAAGCAACGUGAUGCCAAGAUGGACUGCAUCAAAAUUACUAUUGAUCCUGACAAUAAUCAAAUAAGUGUUUGGAAUAAUGGUAAAGGUAUUCCCGUUGUGGAACAUCAAACUGAGAAGGUUUUUGUACCGACAUUGAUUUUUGGUCAUUUGUUGACAUCUAGUAACUAUAACGAUGAUGAACGAAAAGUUACAGGUGGUCGUAAUGGAUAUGGUGCUAAAUUGUGUAAUAUUUUUAGUUCAAAGUUCACAGUGACAACUGCGUCAAUGGAAUACCACAAACAAUUCAAACAGGUCUGGAAGAAUAACAUGGAUAAAGCAAGUGAGCCUGCCAUCAAAUCGUUUGAUGGUAAAGAUUUUACUGAAGUCAGUUUCCAGCCUGAUCUCUCCAAAUUUAAAAUGGAAAAACUUGACAAAGAUACAGUUGCACUGCUUACAAGACGUGCCUAUGACAUUGCUGGCAUUAACAAAGGUGUGAAGGUGUAUUUAAAUGGAAAACGGCUGCCGGUGAAGUCAUUCAAAGACUAUGUUGACUUGUACGUAAAGGAUAAAACUGAUGAAAACGAUCAGCCAUUAAAAGUGGUCCAUGAGAUUUGCAACGAGCGCUGGGAAGUGUGUAUCACAUUGAGUGAAAAGGGGUUCAACCAAGUUAGCUUUGUAAAUAGUAUUGCUACAACCAAGGGUGGCCGUCAUGUUGACUACGUUGUAGAUCGCAUUGUGGAAAAAGUCAUUGAUGUCGUGAAGAAAAAGAAUAAAGGCGGUAUCAACAUCAGACCUUUUCAGAUCAAGAACCAUAUUUGGGUGUUUGUAAACUGUUUGGUAGAGAAUCCCACAUUUGACUCGCAGACAAAGGAAAAUAUGACACUACAGGUCAAGAAGUUUGGAUCAGUGUGUAAAUUGAGUGACAAAUUCAUCAAACAAACUUUGACAUGCGGAAUUGUUGAAAGUAUCAUGAACUGGGUGAAAUUUAAAGCACAGAAUCUUCUCAACAAAAAAUGCAGUGCUGCCAAACAUUCCAAACUAAGAGGUAUUCCUAAACUGGACGAUGCCAACGAUGCCGGGACAAAGAACUCCAAGGACUGUACUUUAAUCUUGACAGAGGGAGACUCAGCCAAGACUUUGGCUGUUAGUGGAUUGUCUAUAGUUGGGAGAGACAAGUACGGUGUAUUCCCGCUUCGUGGUAAACUCCUCAAUGUCCGAGAAGCCACGCAUAAACAGAUAAUGGAGAAUGCUGAGAUAAAUAACGUAAUUAAAAUCAUGGGACUGCAGUACAAAAAAUCUUAUGAUUCAGAUGACGCGUUGAAAACUCUCCGAUACGGUAAACUGAUGAUCAUGACAGAUCAGGACCAGGAUGGCUCUCAUAUUAAAGGAUUACUGGUCAACUUUAUCCAUCAUAAUUGGCCAAGUCUACUCAAACAUAAGUUUUUAGAAGAAUUUAUCACACCAAUUGUCAAGGCCACCAAAGGCAAAGAGGUGUUUACAUUCUAUAGUUUACCAGAGUUUGAAGAAUGGAAGAAAGAAACCCCCAACCAUCAUACAUGGAGAGUAAAGUACUACAAAGGUUUGGGUACCAGCACCAACAAGGAGGCGAAGGAGUAUUUUAGUGAUAUGGUUCGUCAUCGGAUACCAUUUAAAUACGUUGGCCCUCAAGAUGAUGCUGCGAUCACCCUUGCCUUUUCCAAGAAGAAGACUGACGAACGGAAAGAGUGGCUAACUGAUUGGUUAGGGGAGAGAAAGAAACGACGUGAAGAUGGUUUGUCAGAUUUGUACCUGUAUAACAAGGACACAAGGUAUAUCUCGUACAAUGACUUUGUCAAUAAAGAAUUGGUCUUGUUUUCAAACAUGGACAACGAGAGAUCUAUUCCCUCGAUGGUGGAUGGAUUAAAGCCUGGUCAGAGAAAAGUCUUGUUCACUUGCUUCAAAAGGAAUGAUAAAAGAGAAGUUAAGGUGGCUCAGCUCGCUGGUUCAGUGGCAGAACACUCUGCUUAUCAUCACGGUGAGGCUUCAUUGAUGGGAACAAUUAUAAAUUUGGCGCAGAAUUUUGUUGGGAGUAACAACUUGAACUUACUCCAGCCCAUUGGUCAAUUUGGUACAAGGCUACAUGGUGGUAAAGAUGCUGCUAGCCCCAGAUACAUCUUUACCAUGCUCAGUCCAUUGGCUCGUCUACUUAUGCCUGCUAGUGAUGAUCCUAAUUUGACGCAAUUAUUUGAUGACAACCAACGUAUUGAACCGGAAUGGUACUGUCCAAUCAUUCCAAUGGUGCUAGUCAAUGGAGCAGAAGGCAUUGGUACGGGAUGGAGUACAAAAAUUGCCAAUUAUGAUGUCCGGGAAAUCGUUGCUAAUAUCAGAUUGAUGAUAGAUGGGGAAGAACCACUGCCAAUGCUGCCAUCUUACAAGGGUUACAAGGGUGCUAUUGAGGAAAUUGAAGCUAAUCGUUAUGCUUGCAGUGGUGAGAUAGCAAUUGUUGAUAACAACACGCUGGAAAUUACCGAACUCCCAGUUCGAGUGUGGACGCAGGUUUACAAAGAGACUGUGUUAGAACCUAUGCUUCAUGGGAGCGAAAAAGUACAACCAUUAAUCACAGACUACAAGGAGUAUCAUACAGAUACAACGGUGAAAAUUGUGGUCAAGAUGUCUGAUGAGAAGUUACUAAAAGCAGAGGAACAAGGGCUACAUAAAGUGUUCAAACUACAGAAUACCAUUUCUGUAACAAAUAGUGUUUUAUUUGAUUCACAUGGAUGUAUUAAAAAGUAUGACGACAUAAUGGAGAUCCUGAAAGAAUUCUUCGAACUGCGACUUGAGAGAUAUCGUAUCCGUAAAGAAUAUCUAGAAGGCCUGCUAGCUGCGGAGUCAAAUAAACUUGACAAUCAAGCUAGAUUUAUUCUUGAGAAGAUUGAAAACAAGAUUGUCAUCGAGAACAAAUCCAAACGUGAUCUCAUCUCCAUGCUGGUUCAGAGAGGUUACGACUCUGAUCCCAUUAAGGCUUGGAAGGAAUCCCAGAAUAGAAAUAAUGAAGAUGAAGACAGUGAUACCGACAGCAUGUACUCAUCGGCUACUGGCGGUGGACCAGAUUUUAAUUACUUGUUGGGUAUGGCGUUGUGGAGCCUCUCUAAAGAGAGGAAGGAUGAAUUGCUGAAGAAUAGAGAUACCAAGGCUGCUGAAUUGGAAGUACUACGUGAUAAAACUCCUUCUGAUCUCUGGAUUGAAGAUUUGGAUGCAUUCAGUGCAAAACUAGAAGAAGUAGAAGCUCAGGAAAAGGAAGAUGAAUUGAUAGGUGGGGCUAUAGCUGCCAAACAGAAGGGAAAACGCAAGAAGUUUGUGCAGCAGGAAACGCGCCCAUCCCCCAUGGGGAGAAGAGUCGUACCACAUAUUGAUCCCAGUCUUAAGAAGGGAGAUGCUGGUAAAGGACGUGGUAGAAAGAAAAUCAAAUCUGAAGAUGACAAAUCUGAAGUCAAGAUUAACAACGAUGAGACUUCUCUGGAAAGCAGCCAGCCACUGAGUUUGGCUGAAAGACUUGCCAAGAAAGGCAAAGCAAAUACUCUUGGUGCUAGUAAGCCAGCCAAGAAACAAUCCACUCUUAGCUUCAAGCCUGCUGCCAAGAAAAAAUCUAAGAAAAAUCCUUGGGAAUCUGACUCUGACGAGGAAAGCAGUGUUUCGGAUCUUGAUUCAGAUAUGGAUUUCCAACCUGUAAUACCGCGUGAAACCACUUCAAAGAGAACAGCUGCUGCUAAAGUCAAAAAGUAUACGUUCAGUGACGACGACAACAGUUCCAAAAUCAGUGAAGAACCAAAGUUUUUGGACGAUGAUGACAACGAUGUCACUGCCGGUGUUCCCAAUGGAGCUGUAUCUGAUGAUUCUUUUCGUGUGGCAUCAGAUUCUGAUGACAGUUUUGGUCCCGAGCCUGUUCAGAAAAAGUACUCAUUUGAUACUUCUGGUUCCGAGCAAGAGAAUGUCCCAGUAAAACCGAAGCAACCAAGCAAAUCAAAGAAACCGCCCUCAGUGGUAGAAUUGGAUAGUGAUUCUAGCUUGCCCGAGAAGCCAAAGGCGAAACCUGCACCGGCAAAGAAAAAAACACUUGGGAAGAAGCCAGUGGCUGUUGGUUCUAAAAAAGAAACGAAAACCCAGCCGAGUAUAGUUGCUGCUAUGUCUAAACAGAAGACCUCAAAGCGGAAGAAGAACUCGGAUUCCGAUGAUUCUGAAUUGAGUAAACCGAAAAAGAAAGCUGCUCCAAAGAAAAAAGUUGUUACACUUGAUUCAGAUUCCGACUCCGACAUGGAUAUUGCACCUGCCCUUCCAUCGAGAAAGAUCGCAUCUGAUUCGGACUCAGAUGAAUUUGUCCCCAAAAAGGUCACAAAAAAGCCUGCUGCUUCGAAGGCAAAAGCCAAGCCUGCAGCUAAAAAGAAAGCUCCCAAAUGGGAUGACUCAGAUGAAGAGGACUAUUCCCCAGUGAAAGCGAAACCAAAAGCGAAAGCCAAGAAGAGUAAAAAAGUUGAUGAUAGCUUUAUGAUUGAUGAUUCAGAUGAUAGUUUUCAUGCACCACCACCGAGAGAGCGUGCAGGAAGAGCCAGAGCUGCCGUCAAAUACAACUUUGGUGACGACGAUGAGGAUGAUAGCGACUUCUAAGACCUUGAAACGGGGGGGGGGGG